AGCAGCGAAAGCAGCGAAAGAAGCGGCAUUGUCAAGUCCCUCUUGCUCCUCCUCUCCCUCUCUUGCUGUCCCGCAGCCUCUCCCGCUCUCCCUUUCCCGCUGUCCCCUCCUCUCCCGGUCUCUCUCUCCCCAUGCCCGGCCGGGCCAUGACCCCGCCCCGUCCCCGGCCCCGGGCGGGGCUGCCCCAUCCCCGUCUUCAUCCCCGGCCGUCCCGCCGCGGUCUCGCCCCCGCCCGGCUCUGGCCGUGCUGGCGCUGGCGCUGCUGGGCGGGCAUCAGUGCCUGGGGCUGGGGCGGCAUCGCCGCCCUUUGGCUCCGCCUGGCCCGAGCCCGGCCCCGGCCCCGACGUGGGCUCCAGUCCCGGCCCCGGCCCCGGCUCCUCCCGGGCCCCGCGGAGGACACAGGCGGCGCGGCCGCUGCCGCCGCCUCCGCUGCGGCUUCCCCGGCCCGAGCUCCGCCGCUCGGCAGCGCGGCCGCCGGCCCCGAGCCGCCGCUGUCCCGUUGCCAGCAGAGAACGCCUGGGGAUGGCCGGCCCGGGGCGCUCGGGGGGCGCUCGGGGGCCGCUCCUGGCCCCGGGCCGAGCGCUGACAGCCGCGUCCCGCCCGCAGGGAAGGCGCAGGAGGCCCUGCAGGAGCGGUACCGGCUGGGUUCGCUGCUGGGCAGCGGCGGCUUCGGCAGCGUCUUCGCGGCCACGCGGCUCUCGGACGGCGCCCCGGUGGCCAUCAAAAGGGUGCCGCGGGAUCGCAUCCGGCACUGGGGCGAGCUGCCCGACGGCACCAGCGCACCCCUGGAGAUCGUGCUGCUGGCCAAGGUGGCCUCUGGCUGCGCUGGUAUCAUUCAGCUCCUGGAGUGGCUCGAGCUCCCCGACAGCUUCUUGCUGGUGCUGGAGCGCCCGGAGCGGUGCCAGGACCUGUCGGGUUUCCUGGCGGAGCGGAGGUUCCUGCCGGAGGAGGAGGCGCGGGGGCUGUUCCGCCAGGUGCUGGAGGCCGUGUGGCACUGCACCAGCUGCGGGGUCCUGCACAGGGACAUCAAGCCCCAGAACAUCCUGCUCGACCUGGCCACCGGGCGGGUGAAACUGAUCGACUUUGGCUGUGGCGCCUUCCUCCAAGACACAGCCUACACCCAUUUUGCAGGAACCCUGUCCUACAGCCCACCAGAGUGGAUCCACCACUGACGCUACCACGGCGAGGCAGCGACCAUCUGGUCCCUGGGCCUCCUGCUGUGCCACCUGGUCAUGGGCAAGCACCCGUUCAGGAGGGGCCAGGAGAUCAUCUGGGGGCGGAUCUUGUUCCCACGACGGCUCUCUCAAGGUGGAUCCUCAUCUCUGGCCACGGGGGCAAUACCAGUGCUGGCAGACAGCAGCAGCUCGUGGGCAUCCCACUCUGGCAGCUGCUGAGGAGGUGGCACAAGUCCUGGUCUCCUGCUCUCCUCCAAACAGAGAAUCCAUGGGGAAGUUCAGAGUGCCAAGAUGUCAUUAAGAGGUGUUUGUCCAUGCAGCCCUUGGAGAGGCCAUCCUUAGAAGAGCUUUUCCGUGAUCCUUGGGUGCAGGGUGUUCCUCAGCCGUAGAGGAUGGGAGAGAUCCAGGUGCACAGUUGGAUCCAGGGGCCUGGCAGCUGGGCCCUGGGCAGAACCCUGACAGCCUGGUCUGGCCCCAGGGAAGGAGAAGGAGCCCCUGGAGAAGCUGCACCAGGUGGGGCUGCUGCUGCUGGAGACACCAAGGACAACCUCAACGAUGACAAUCUCUUCCUUGGGCUGGCCAGCUGAAGAUGAUGGACUUGGAUUCUGGCACCUUCUCCAAAGCCAGGCUCCACAGGGAAUUUGCAGAGGAAGCGUUCCAGGUGGGGUCCAGCCUGGAUGGGGAAGUGCUUGGGAGCAGCUGCGGCGUGGAUGGGCCGUGCCCUUGGAGAAGGCUGAGGACAUCGUUUGGGACCAGCUUUUCUUCCAGCGGGGGAUGGCGUCAGCCGGGCUCUGCGGGUGCUGAGGCUGCUCUGGGCUCUGCCAGGGCUCUGCUGGAGCUCAGCACCGGGCCAGAAUCAGCUAAAGAAGAAAUGGUGUGACCUGCAGCACAGACUUGCUUGAGCAUUUCAGCAACACAGCUCAAGUCUGCAGAGUGUACACCUCCAAGGGAAAACAUGCCACCACCCAAAAAAUAAACUUGUUCAAUAGC